UUGGCUAGGUCGAUCUCGGGACUCCACGGAACCAUAACGGCUAAGCCAGCUAAACUCCGAAGAAAUGGAAAUUGUAAGAAGAAACCUUAUGAACCUCAGGAUGCUCUGGACAAUAAGAAGGCGCUUCGAGAGAUUAAAGUAGUUGCUAAACACAAUAGAGAGUCAGAUGAGUACGAGUACGACUCGUCAGAUGAGGAAGAUCUUCGGAAUACUAUCGGGAAUAUUCCAAUCAGUUGGUAUGACGACGAAACUCAUAUUGGUUACAAUCAAAUGGGCGAGAAGAUCGAGAAGCCUAAAAAGAAGACGGAAAUCGACACGUUUCUUGAGAAAAUGGAGGAUCCUGACUAUUGGCGAAAAGUGUUUGAUAGACAGUCUGGAACUGAUGUUCAACUAACUGACGAACAGGUCGAGAAGCUUAACAAUAUAGCUUCAGGGAAGUAUCCAGUGGUUGGUUAUAAUCCAUAUGAACCGUUUCUGGAUUUAUUUUCGUCUGAAAAAAGUAUUCACCCCAUCGAUAAUAGACCGCCACCCAAAGCGAGGUUUAUUCCAUCAAGAGACGAGAUGCGUAUUGUAAGCCGUAUGGUUCAUUCCAUCAAGAUGGGUUGGUCUAAAGGACCUAAGCAAAAGGAAGAGAAGAAGGUAUACGAUCUCUGGGCAGCGGAAAAUUUGAUUGAUCAUAAAACAAAGAGUGAACUGGCACGCAUGCGUAUGCAUAUGCCAGCUCCUAAAAUGCCUCUACCAACUCACGCCGAAUCAUAUAAUCCACCGGAAGAAUAUCUGUUUGAUGAAGAUGAGAAACGGAAAUGGGAGCAGGCAGAACCAGAAGACCGGAGUAUUCCAUUCAUGCCACGGAAAUAUCAUUCCUUGCGAAAGGUUCCUCAAUAUGACAAAUUCAUAACCGAGCGUUUUGAACGUUGCCUCGAUCUCUAUCUAGCUCCACGAAAGAUAAAAAUGAAGUUACAAGUAGAUCCAUCCGAUCUUCUACCUGAUUUGCCUAAUCCUAAUGAUUUAAGGCCGUUCCCUACAACACUUGCAUUUUACAUGCAUGGACAUAUUGGUCAAGUGAGAUCUAUAAGUGUCGAACCUGAUUACGGUGAGCUGUUAGCUUCUGGUGGAGAAGAUGGCACCGUUCGAAUAUGGAUGAUCGGGGCUGGGAGAUGUUUGAAGACGUACAAAGUGGGUGGACCAGUAACCUGCGUGGCUUUCUGUCCAGUUAGUAGCAAAACACUGGUGGUAGUAGCUUAUGAGGGACGGCAAAUUUCUAUUUUUAAUACAAAUUGUGGAGAUAAACUGAUAUGCGCACAAACGGAGAAAUUUAUUUUUGAGGUCCCGGUUGAACAAUCUGAGGGUAAAGUUAAUUGGCGGCGUAUCAAGGACAGAAUUGUUCUGGAAAUGCCAAAUGAAGUUCGUCAAGUGGUUUGGCAUAGCAAAGGUGACUAUUUGGCAUCCGUUGCUGUUGACGAUAUUGCUUCUUCAGUGUACAUACAUCAGAUGAGUAAAGCCAAAUCACAGUGUCCAUUCACCAAACGAAAGGGCCACGUUCAAAGUGUAGCAUUCCAUCCAUCUUCCCCAAGAUUCUUGGUUGCUACAAAAAUUCACGUUAGAGUUUAUGACUUGGCACGAUGUCAACUCGUGAAAAAGUGUAUAACAGGUAUCAAACACAUUAGCUCUAUGGUUCCGGAUGUUCAAGGAGAGAAUCUCUUCGUUGGAGGUCUUGAUCGUAAAUUUGUAUGGCUAGAUUUACAACUCUCCACAAAACCUUGGAAGAACUUUAAGCAUCACAAUUCUGCUAUUAGAGGAGUAGCAUAUCACAAGAGAUAUCCCCUUCUGGCCACAAUAUCUGAUGAUGGUACAGCAAUGGUUUACUAUGCUAGAGUGCAUGUCGAUUCUUUCAAAGAUAAUGAGAUCUAUCCUGUGAAACGUCUUAGGGCUCAUAAGAUGGUAAGGUUUCAUUCUCAUUGUUGUGGAAACUAG